UAUUUAGCUAUGUCAGUUAUGGAGGAAGAAGAAUUAGAAUUUGUGGAAGAUUUGGAUGCAAUCUUACACCUUACUCCGGAGGUACAAUUGGCUAUCGAGCAGGUUUUCCCCAGCCAGGACCCGUUGGAUCGAGCCGAUUUUAAUGCUGUCGAAUACAUCAACACCUUGUUUCCCACCGAGCAGUCCUUGGCAAAUAUAGAUGAAGUGGUGAACAAGAUUCGUUUGAAAAUUCGGAGGCUGGAUGACAACAUCAGAACUGUCGUGAGAGGACAGACCAAUGUGGGACAAGAUGGCAGACAGGCCCUGGAGGAAGCACAGAAAGCUAUCCAGCAACUUUUUGGCAAAAUCAAGGACAUCAAGGACAAAGCUGAGAAAUCUGAACAAAUGGUCAAAGAGAUUACGAGAGACAUUAAACAGUUGGACCACGCCAAACGUCACCUGACCACCUCCAUCACCACCCUCAACCACCUUCACAUGUUGGCUGGGGGCGUGGACUCUCUGGAGGCCAUGACACGUAAGAGGCAGUACGGCGAGGUGGCCAACCUGCUUCAAGGCGUGGUCAACGUUCUGGAGCAUUUCCAAAAAUACAUGGGAAUCCCACAGAUACGCCAGCUCUCGGAGAGAGUGAAAGCAGCACAGAGCGAGCUUGGCACUCAGAUCCUGGCUGACUUUGAGGAGGCUUUCCCUUCCCAGGGCUCAAAGAGACCUGGAGGUCCUAGCAUUGUCCUAAGAGAUGCCUGUUUAGUGGCUAAUGUUCUGGAUCCUCGGAUCAAACAGGAGAUCAUCAAGAAGUUUAUCAGACAGCAUCUGUCAGAGUACCUGGUUCUCUUUCAGGAGAACCAAGACGUGGCAUGGUUGGAUAAGAUAGAUCGGCGCUAUGCCUGGAUCAAGCGACAGCUGGUGGACUAUGAGGAGAAGUAUGGGCGUAUGUUCCCCGAACAGUGGUGUAUGACUGAACGAAUCGCUGUGGAGUUCUGUCACAUUACCAGGACUGAGCUGGCCAAACUCAUGAGGAACCGUGCCAGGGAGAUCGAGGUCAAGCUUCUUCUCUUUGCCAUUCAGAGGACCACGAAUUUUGAGGGGCUAUUGGCAAAGCGUUUCUCUGGCUGCACUUUAAAUAAUGGACCUGAGAAGAAACCCGACACGCCUCUCGAACCUACAAAUCCUUUCCUGGAAGACGAAUCGAGCGAAGACAAUGUGUCGGAGAAGGACGAGGAUCUUGACAGGCCCAAGAAACCCAAAGCCCCAGAAAACCCCUUCCACGGCAUUAUAUCAAAGUGCUUUGAACCACACCUGUAUGUCUAUAUCGAAUCUCAAGACAAGAACCUCGGAGAGCUUAUCGACCGCUUCGUGGCCGAUUUCCGGGCGCAGGGUCCACCCAAAUCGGGCACAGAGGAGGGCGGUGCAGUGCUGCCUAGCUGCGCGGACCUGUUUGUGUACUAUAAGAAAUGCAUGGUCCAGUGUUCUCAGCUCAGCACUGGAGAACCCAUGAUAGCCCUCACCACCAUCUUCCAGAAGUAUCUACGGGAGUACGCCUGGAAGAUCCUGUCGGGGAACCUGCCUAAGACCACCAGCAACAGUGGAGGCCUUACCAUCAGCAGCCUGCUAAAAGAGAAGGAAGGGUCAGAGGUCGCCAAAUUCACCGCGGAGGAACUUUGUCUCAUCUGCAGCAUCCUCAGCACGGCCGAGUACUGCCUGGCCACCACGCAACAGCUGGAGGAGAAGUUGAAAGAGAAAGUGGACAAGCCUCUGAUGGAGCGAAUCAACCUGACUGGAGAGAUGGACACCUUUAGCACUGUGAUCUCAAACAGUAUUCAGCUCUUGGUCCAGGACCUGGACUCGGCGUGUGAUCCUGCUCUCACAGCCAUGAGUAAGAUGCCUUGGCAGAGCGUGGAACACGUGGGAGACCAGAGUCCGUAUGUCACCUCUGUCAUCAUGCACAUCAAACAGAACGUCCCAAUCAUCCGGGACAACCUGGCCUCCACCCGAAAAUACUUCACCCAGUUCUGCAUCAAGUUCACCAACUCUUUCAUCCCCAAGUUCAUCAACCACUUAUUCAGAUGUAAACCCAUCAGUAUGGUUGGAGCCGAACAGCUUCUAUUGGACACCCACUCCCUAAAGACGGUCCUGUUGGACUUGCCUUCCAUCGGUUCCCAAGUGGUCCGGAAAGCUCCGGCAAGCUACACCAAAAUAGUGGUCAAGGGAAUGACUCGAGCUGAGAUGAUUCUAAAGGUGGUCAUGGCGCCUCACGAACCCCUCGUUGUCUUUGUGGAUAACUAUAUCAAGCUUCUCGCUGAUGGAAACCCCGAGACCUUCCAGAAGAUUCUUGACAUGAAGGGUCUGAAACGUAGUGAACAGAACGUAAUGCUGGAGCUCUUUAGACAGAGGUUACCCACACCCCCCUCAGGGCCCGACGGCGGCCCCUCCCUGUCCUUCAGUGCACCCACUCCCGAGCAGGAAUCUUCACGCAUCCGCAAGCUGGAGAAGCUCAUCAAAAAGAGACUGUGAAUCCAGAGUCCACAGCUUCACUUCAGUUUAAAGUCGUCUCUGGCUGUCGUCCUAGCACACUCCUGAUCUUCUCUACGACGCUCAUCGCCUAUCUGUCGAAAACUAUGUACACUAACUUCUGUUACCGGUAUCAGUGAGAAUUUGCUGUACAUAUUUGGUCAAACUUUCUUUUUUUGUGUUUGUACUCAGCCUUUGAAUAUCAAAGGCAUAACCAUGAUCGUGUAAGCGGUCGCAUUCACACGAAUCUCAUCAUGUGAAAGUAGUCGUUGGACUAUGAUGAAAUUUCCUCUGUUGCAUUGCAUUUCAGGCUUGUAUGGGUACUUUAUGUCCCCCCCGCCCCCUUCUCACUCUCUCUCUCUCUCUCUCUCUCUCUCUCUCUUGCUCUUUUUACAACACUAAUAUCCAGACUUUUGCUAUGUGGUUGAAAGUAUGGCAUUUACUUUGCAGAUUUUUUUUUUCCUCAAAUAUGUUUGCACUUAAGAGAACAAAAUGGAAGGUUGAAUUGUCCAUAGAAGUACCCUGCUGCUAACUUGGCACUAACUCUUCCGGCUUAGGAGCCUUAACUUCUAAAUGAUUUAAGAGCAGUGCUUUCAGAAUGCCUCCUUAUUAGUCCAGUCAGUUGCUCUUUUGGUUCCCUUUUUAGUGGAACUUGGCAUUGGCAGUGCUGAAGGUGCCUGUAGAGAAGUAGAGUUUUGCUGGACUGGUUGGCUGGGCUGGGCUGGGCUGGGCUGGACUGGACUGAGUCCUUACAAGUUUUUCGGUCUCCAGGUUCAGUUUUGGAGCCCCAGGCGUCCUGCAGCGGAGGAACUAGGGAUUUCCUGUCUCCCAAUUAGAGA